GGGCUGUUCCGGCUGUCCCCGGCUGUCCACGGGUGUUCCCGGGUGUCCCGUCCGAGCAGAUCUCCCGAGUGUCUCCUCCGGCGGUGCUGCCGUGCUCCGCGGGCUCUUCUACGCGCGUGGCCGCCGGCUUCGUCCCGCUCCGCUGAGGCGGCGCCGCGGGGGUGGAAGCGCAUCCCGCGGAUCCAUGAGGGUUCGGCCGCCCUGAGGGAGCCCGAGUAGGGAAGACCAAUUCCAGGAUGAAACGCGAAGCAUUUUUGCAAGUUGUGUCCAAAGAGUCAAUUGAAGACUUCCUGCGUUACACUCAGAGUCCUAAAAAUACAGUUGAUCAUUUUGACUUGAACGAGCUACUUCAAGAAUUGCCAAGAAAGCAAAAGGAAGUGCUAUGGCAGAGACUGACACAGCUAUUGACAGAGAGCUUGAUGGAGAACCCUGUGGAAACGUGGCACAGGGCUGGAGAUAAGGAAAGUGAUGAUGACAUGGAAGUUGAGGCAGUUCCACAAAUGAAACAAACUGUAGCAGUGAUCCAAGGGGUGGCAGCUGUCGUUACUGCUUCCAUACCUGCAGUGGAUGAAAAUGUAAACUACAAAGCUCUUGUUGAAUGCGUUUUUAUACUGAAUGGUAUUCUUCCUGCAUUACCUGCAUCUGAGAAUGUCCUGCAGGAUGCUAUCCAACGUGUGUGUCAGAUGUGGUGGGAGAAGGGACUGCAAGGGAAGGAGCAGCUGGGGAAGACUCUGUUUGUCAUUCUGCUGAGGAAAAGCCUGAACAAAGCUGCUACGGGUGCAGAUGUAGUUCGUGUGUGGAAUCUACAUCAGACAUUACUUUGUUUCGAUUAUGAUUCUGAUGAGAGUAAUGAAGUCAAGGACUUGUUGCUUCAGUGUUUUAUGAGUGUAAAACACUUUAAGAAAGAAGAGGGAAGAAGACUCUUGAGUUUUUUGUUCAGCUGGAAUGUUAACUUCAUUAAAAUGAUACAUGGAACUGUUAAAAACCAAUUGCAGUUCUUUCCAAGAUACUUGAUGGAAUACCUUUCAGAAGUUUACUUCAGGGCCUGGAAGAAGGUGUCAGGAGAAUUCACAGAGGUACUUGAAUAUAACUGCAUUCAGGAUUUCAUGCAUCAUGGAAUUCAUCUUCCCAAAAGUUCUUCUGUUCAUUCUAAAGUCAGAGAGAUGCUGAGUUAUUUUCAUAAACAAAGUAAAGUUCGUCAAGGAGUUGAAGAAAUGCUUUAUAGAUUGUAUCAGCCCAUUCUCUGGAGAGCACUGAAGGCCAGAAACUCAGAAGUUCGAGCAAAUGCAGCAUUUUUGUUUGUUGAUGUUUUUCCUCUUCGUGAUCCCAGUUUCACUUCUGAGGAGAUGGACAGUGAAAUUCAGAAACAGUUUGAAGAACUUUUUAGUCUCUUAGAAGAUCCUCAUCCAGCUGUCCGCUCUACAGGGAUACUUGGAGUUACUAAGAUCACAUCCGAGUACUGGGAGAUGAUUCCUCCAACAAUUCUUACUGAUCUUUUAAAAAAGAUAACUGGAGAGCUGGCAUGUGAUAUAACAUCUGCUGAUGUUCGAUGCUCUGUUUUUAAAUCCAUACCAUUAAUUUUGGAUAACAAACUAAGUCACCCACUCCUGGAACAGCUCCUGCCUGCAACCAAACACAGUCUUCAUGACAAUUCAGAGAAAGUGCGAGUGGCUUUUGUGGAAAUGCUGCUCAAAGUGAAGGCUACCAAGGCUGCUAAGUUCUGGACCAUCUGUCCCAUGGAGCAUCUCCUGUCCCGCCUGGAGGCCGAUUCCCGGCCGGUGUCGCGGCGCAUCGUGAACCUCCUGCUCAACUCCUUCUUCCCCACCAGCCAGCCCGAGAACGUGUGGUGUGAGCGCUGCGUCACCCUCAUCCAGAUGAACCCAGCAGCAGCCAGGAAGUUCUAUCAGUAUGCUUAUGAAUUUACUGCCCCCACCAAUAUAGCUAAACUGAUGCUGACUAUUCGGCGCUGCUUGAAUGCCUGCAUCCAGAAAGCAAUGAAGGAGCGUCUUCAUGGCAGUGGGGAUGAGGAUGAAGAGCAAAGUGAAAGAGAGAACAGCAGUGUGUUGGAUAAUGUGUUGUCAGUAAAUGAUGUAGCCAGCGUGGCAAGUUUGUUGGAGAUCACUGUAAUUCUCUGGAGAAGUAUCCACAAAGCACUAGAUCACAAUGAAGAUGCCAAAGAUUAUGCUAUCAGGAAGUUUGCUUCUGUACUUCCUGAAUAUUUUAAAGUAUUUCAGGACGAGCGGUGCAUGACUCCAUUGAUUAUUCUGGCAUCCUUCAUGCCCCCUGCUGCCAUUCCUACAUUCAGCUGUGGUGUGGUUUCCAGACUGAGAAAUUUUGACAGUGGAGCUGACCAAAGGAAAUAUUCUGUGCUGAUCGACUGCCUGUGCCGCUGGGGGCAGGUGGGGCACGUCCUGGAGUUAGCCUGUGACUGGCUGUGUGACUCACCCACCCCAACAAAGAAUACUAAAGCAUCGAAGCGUCGAGUACGUAUCCAAGUAACACAGGAAUCAAAGCCAGACUUAGCAGUUGAUUACAUUGAGUAUUUAUUGACUCAUCCUGUCAAUCGUGGUUGCCUCCUUUCUGUUCCUAAAGUGAAACUGAAGAAGCUUUUGAAAACCCUCAGUGCUGCACAGGGGGUUCUUGGCUCAAUUCUGAAAGGAACAGAUUCUGGUGGCUGGAAUCAAGCAACCAGCCUAAGAGCCUUCAGCCUCUUUUGCAGAUUGAGUAUUCAUCUUCAGCACAAGUUUUCUGAGGAAGGAGAAGAUUACCUUUCACUUCUGAAGGAGACAGGUGCUUGGAUAGAAAGUCAAGUUGUACCUUUUAUACUAGCAAGUGAUCAAGAGGAUGGUAUUUCAAGACACAGUGAUGUUUCUGAAUUAAUUAUCCAGGGCUACCUGACGGUGUGUAAAGAUGUCAUAAUGGUGGGCCUGGGAAAUCUCACAUUUCAAGCACAUCUUUUAGAAAUGGCUCUUCUGAUUAUGCAAACAGAGAGAGGUGGCUUUUGUGCUCCAGUGUUGCUGUGUGCUCUAAAAGAAAUUAUUGAAGCUUCUAUAAAUCAGAAUACUGAGACAGAGGAAGUGACAAAUCUUCUCCACACUCUACAGAACGUCUUUCAGAAAAUUUUAGAAUGUGUGGCACAUAGACUUAAAAGAGAACAGAAAGAAGGGAUUCAGUUGAUUCAUUCUAUUCAGAUGCCUCUUGGAGAAUUCAUCCAUGCACUGCAGUGCUGGCACUCCUCAUUCCCAGCAGUUCACCAGGGUGUGUUCUCCAUUAUCUUGACUGCAAUAGUAGCAGAGAUAAAUUGUGUGCUACAGAAGGCUUCCAGUGAAGAAGAACUGACUAUGCCAAAGACUGUUUCAGAUCUUCCCCCUCUUUCAAGCAGUUUAAUGGCUGUAAUUAUAAAGUCAGUUAAUGUUGUCAGGUCAAUUUUAAAUGAAUUAAUGAAGUGCAUUCUUUCUGAAGAAAUGGAUGGGAUUUUUAGUCUAACAGCUACUGUCUGCAUUGUGGUUAUAAUUAAAGGUAAGCACAAAACUUCACUUCUAAAGGAUAUUGCACCUGCCAUUCAAAGGAAACUGAUGAUGUGCAAGGAUGCUGCCUCAGGAGAAUCCAGCAGCACUGAAAGAUUCCUGUAUGAAUCAUCUCUGAAAAUUUUGGAGGAGUUUUUGAAUCCUUGACCAUGCAGAAGCUUUUGUCGUGAAAAUUGAGGGAAGAUGUAUUGCUUUUUACUUAUUUUUUUACUUAUUUUGUACACUUGUGAAUUGUUUAAGAUUGCUUUCUGCUAUUUUGUACAUUUAAAGCAAGCAAAAUGUAUAAAAGUGUGUAUAGAAAUUAUGUAAUAGUAAAGAUUUUUCACCAGCUGCAAAGGGGUUAUUCUGCAUAAAAAAGCCUUUUUGAGGAGAAUGUAAAUUCAAUAUUUUUAUAUCUUUGUUUUUGUAAAACAAAUAAUAAUUAUAUUAUAGAUACUCUUGGCACUGAGCUUGCAAGUAACCUCAGUCCCUGGGAGGACUAGAGCAUAUUCCUGGGGGUUAUGGACAUGAAUCUUAUUUUGAGAUAUGUGAGGGUCAGAAUGGUGAUUGGAAAUAGCCAUCAUGGCUUUACCAGGGGCAAGCUCUGCCUCACCAGCCUGAUUUCCCUCCUUUUGUAGAAGUGAGAGAAACACAGCACGUCCUGUGUCCUGUCCUUGGCAAAAGCUUCCACACAGCCCUGCACAGUGUCCUUACUGGAGAGAGGUGGGAUGGAUGGGUAGACUUGGGAGAUGAGUGGGAAACUGGCUGAACUCUCAGAGUGGAAGAAUAAUCUGCUCAGGGGUGAGAGUGGCAGCCGUGGCACUGCUGAGGGCUGGCCCUGCUGCCAGCGCUGGUUGGUGGCAGGGAGAGCAGCAGCCCCAGACUGAUGGCAGCUGGCAGCAGCUGGGAGCCACAGCUGCCACCCAGGGGCAUCUGCUGGUGUUCAGCAGAGACCUGGACCCGAUGGACAAAUCCUGCACCACCCACACAGGCACCUGCCCGAGGGCAGCUUCCUGCUGCCUGCAGGGGGAUAAAGGAAAGACUUCCCCAGAGAGGAAUGGAGGAGAAUGUGAGGCUACAGAAACAGCUUGAGCAAGAGAACUUCUUGUUGGACGUGAAAUACAAUCAUUGUGAGAGUGAACUGGAACUGGAAGAGGUUGCUCAGAAAGCCUGUGGAGUGCCUGUCCCUGGAGAUGUGCAGCACUGGGCUGACAAGGAGGGCUCUGACCUUCCAUGGUGUCACAGCUUUGGAGUUAGCCCUGUUGAGCAGGGGACUGGACCAGAUUCUCCUCUGAGCUUCCUCAUAACUUGAAAAUUCAGGUGACUGAGUACCCAGAACAUGUCUUAACUAUUAAACAUAGACUUGAGUAAUAUAUAAAUUGUUUUAUAUUAAGCUAUUUUUAAAAAUUAUAGCUAUUUUGGUAAGUUAGUAAUAAUGAUGAAGAUAAUGCAGGCACUUAUUUAAUUUUCUUCAUGCAGCCAGAUGCUCUCCCAAGACUAAUAGAAUGCUGAUUGCAGAGUUAUUUUGCCUUAAUGGAGAUACCUGUAAAUGACCUGUCUGAGCUCAUGGGGUGAUUCAAGCACCACCCAGCUGCUCCCUCACUGCCUCCACCCCUUCGGACAUCGGAGCAGGACUGAAAGGGUACAAGUCAAAAAGAAACAGUUGAAUAAUUAAGAAAAAAUAAAAGUACUUUUUCAAUUGUGAGAAGAAGAAAUAAAAAAGAGAGGGAAAUAAAACCACCUAGCCAGUCCGUGGGCAGUGCCCUUCCCACAGCCUGCCCACCAGUUUAUUGCUGAUCAUGGUGCCAUAUGGUGUGAGACAACCCUGUGGUCACUGGGGGUCCCCUGUCCCAGCUGUGUCCCCUCCAUGCUCCUGGUGCACUCCCAGCCUCCUUUGGGUUGGGAUGAGAAGCAGAGAGGCCAUGAUGCUGUGUAAGGCCUGCUCAGCAAUAGCUGAAACAUCCCUGUGUUACCAGACCUGUCUCCAGCACAAAUCCAAAAUACAGCCCUGUACCGGCUACUGUGAAGGAAUUUAUCUCAGCCAGAACCACAGCUCCUGAGGCUUUAGUUCUGACUGGUUUAGGAGAUUUAAUGGGAAUCUCCAGAAAAGAUUCAGCCACAGACCAAGGCCCAUCUUGGACCUGAAGACCUGGACAUGUUGCACUUGGUUUUCUACAAUUAAGUGAAGUGAUUCUCAGGGUGGGCCUGUGCAAAUAGCUGUUGAGUCUCUAGUGUUACUGAGUGGCACUGACACGGAAGUUAACCAAUCUGGCCAAAUUAAGACAGGCUCUUCAUUCUUGAUUAAGCUUUGUGCAAAGCUCAAACCUCCCAUCUGUCUAAACAAACAUCUACUCUGCUGGUUUUCCUUCUGUGGUAAGGUUUUUUUCAAUAUCUGCUGUCAGUGCAAACAUCAGACCCAUGCUUGACCUUGGUACAUAAAACUUCCCUACUGGAUAAAAGCUCUUUUAGCUGCGAUGUUGAUAUUAAAAAGCAAUGCAGUUCUUAAUAAACAACUGGCAAGUUUUGCAACAGGAUAGACAGUGUGUGCAUGGAUUCAUGAGCUCCAGAUUUACAUCAUCCACAACAGUGGCCUGACCAAAGAAACUAAUGCUGUCCCAGCAGGUAGCUGCAAACCUGCCAACUGUUUAUCUAUCAACGUCUUUAUAAAAACUGUGUUCUUUGGCCUUCAUUCUUCUACAUCUGUUAACAGGCAGGUGUUCUGGUAAUGACCUUUUAAAUCUUCUGAUUAUACAAAUUACUCAAUGAAUAUGUAAAUAAGUUUCUUUUUUCUGCUUCUCAGUCUCGCAGUAUUUGCUUAUAUCAUUACAUGAGAAAAGAAUCCAAAUUUACUGCCUUGUUUUUCCUCAGUGUAUAAUUUUGCUGUUUUUCAUGGAAUUCAUGGUACAGAUGCAGUAGUUGUGCCUGAAGGAAAUAAAGGUCAUUCCAUCAACAUCAGAAAUAUGUGGAUUUCCUUUGAA